AUGACCGGUAGAAACGGUUACGGCAAUGGUUACGGAUACUCCGAGCCCGGCCGGUAUGACGCCGGUGACGGCGGUUACAACAACAGCGGCCUCGGAGUGAAUGGGUACAACAGCCGCGGCGCUGGGAAUACGGGAGGAGGGGGAGGAGGAACUGGAGCUGGAGGAGGCGCUGCUCGCCGUCCCGGUGGAUAUGGUGGUUUUUAUCCAGAGUCUUCCCAGCAGCCCUCCCUUGCGCCACCAGGCCCGCCGUCUCCGGAACGACGACGAGAUCGGGCAGACCGGGACCGACAGCAGGCACCUUCACAGUCGUCUUCAAGGUCACGGACACGCAAUGGAGAAUCUGACAGAAGAUACCAGGCGGCAAGGGAAGACCGCUCAAGGGAGGCACCGCGGUACCAGGAGAGCCGAAAUCAUGACAAGUAUAUAACCGAUGCUAGUCCUGCGUCACCGAUCAAUCCUGUAGAAUUGCGAUCUGUCGAAGAUGUUUUACAAGCCAUUCAACGCGAUUGGGAUUUCAUGACCGAUGCGGAAUGCAUUCCUGUCCAUGUUGCCCUGAGCCUGAUGGACACGAGUACAUUAGGAAAAGCGGACCGAGAACCGGAUUUCUUGCACAUGUAUAACCAAAUCCAGAGAACACUGAAGUCGAUUGUGAAUGAGCAUCAUCAGGGUUUCAACAGUUCAAUAGGAACGUACCACAAAAUCCAGUCCAAUAUUUCGAGCUCUCAAAGCCGGGUGCGCCACCUGAGACAUUCUCUGGAGGAAGCCAAGUCGGGCUUACUGUCUACCAAGCCAGAGCUGAAGGGAUUGGCAACCUCAUCGCAGAACUACGAUGACAUUCUGCAACUUUUUGCACAGAUCGAAGAGAUCCAAUCUCUUCCGGAGAAGCUCGAGUCUCGAAUCUCUGACAAGCGUUUCCUUGCAGCUGUGGAAGUGUUGCACACUGGACUGCGUUUGCUCCGUCGCUCUGAGCUUGAGGAGAUUGGCGCUCUGUCUGAUAUUCGCGCCUACUUCAAUAACCAAGAGACUUCACUUACAGAUAUCUUGAUUGAAGAGCUGCACGACCACUUGUACCUCAAGUCUCCUUAUUGUUCAGACCGAUGGAAAGCUCCCAUUGGAGAAAGUGACAUCAACUCAAGCAGUUGGACAGGCAACCGUACCUGGGAGCGUGCAGUAUACACUUUCCUAGCGAAGUUCGAUGCGUCUACACCAAUGGUCGAAGAUGCCUCUCGAAACCCCGAAGCAGACACCUUCUCCUAUAUACAGCUGUUGGUUGAGGCCUUGAAUAAGAUGGGCCGUCUUGAUGCAGCCGUUGAUCGGAUCGAGCAGCGUCUCCCUGUGGAACUUUUCGCAGUUGUUGACAAGACUAAUGCUGAGGUGGAUGCUCGAUAUCCAACCCCGAACCCAACCUUUUCAUCUCACGACAAUCAGCUGAAAUCUAACCUACCCACGGAAAACAUCGAAGAGCGCGGGCAUGUGUUAUCUGAGUUUCUCUGGGCGCUCUAUGCCAAGUUUGAGUCAAUUGCAGAGGGCCACCGCGUACUUCACGAUGUCAUCGCAGGUAUUGUGGCUCGUGAGAGUCUCAAGAAAACAGAAACAUUGGCUGGUGGGUUUAAGGAGCUGUGGAAACUUCUGCAGAGUGAGAUUCGGUCUCUAUUGCAUGACUACCUCGCUACCGACGGGGAGACGUCCUCCCGAUCGCGAGGAGGCGAAGAGGCUGAUGCACGACGCAAGAUCUCCAUGGGCAACCGGGACAAAAACAAGAAAAUGUUCAAGUUAUCGAACAUUGAUCAGAGUUCAGAGAUGAAAGCCGAGCAGAAUGAGCUCGACGAUAUUCUUCAGUCCUCCGUGCCUGGGCUGGUGUCUAAGACGCGACAGAAGGGCUCCAACAAUGACGCCUCACCAACAAGGCAGGGCAACUCGGGAACUGGCCACAAACUUUUGCUGGAGCCAAGUGUAUUCAACAUGAGAAUUCUUCUCCCUCCAUCACUCUCCUUUAUUCAACGCUUGAAGGACAUCGUUCCGGUCGAUUCGGAUAUUUCUAUGAGCACAUUGACUUCUUUUCUUGACGACUUCAUGGUCAAUGUCUUUCUUCCUCAGUUGGACGAGACAGUCACAGACCUGUGCACUCUCAGCUUUAUUGCUGCCGAUGCAUUCACAGAAGACCCUCAAUGGACCAAGGUCUCCCCACGACCGAUCUUCAGGGGAACGGUCAAGUUCAUGUCCAUUGUGCGGGAAUUCAGCAAAAUGCUUUCAAGUAUUCCACAUGAUCAAGCAUUUACGCAACUACUGAUUGACCAGAUUGUUACAUACUAUGAUAAGUGUUGUGGCUGGUAUAAAGCUAUGGUGACGAAGGUCUCGGCACGGAUUCAAGGAGGUGAGGUACGGCUAAAGGCUGCUGCUUCAUUUGUCGACUCUGGUGAUGUCCGCGAUGUGGUUGAGGAGCUGUGGAAGGGAGCGGGUGAGAAGAAGCAGACAUUGAUUGAUACCGAAAUCGAUCUUCUUCUUAAGCGAACAGACCAGGUUCCUCUGGAACCAUAUGACAUUAUAUCGGACCCGAAAACUGUCGUUGCGCUUUCACUUCUGUACAACAGCAUGCAAUGGCUUGAAAGCCAUCUUUCUAGGAUUCGAAUGAUUGUCGACUCGUCAUCAGAGCCAGAUAUGACUUUAGCAACUAAGGGGCGACCGUCUCGUAGGUGGACUCUAUUUGGCGCCAUGAAACCCAAACGCGAUAGCAUCAAUAGUCCUGUCCAUCUGCCGCUCAAUCAGGAGACGGCGGCUGCCUUCGAUCAGACCCUCCAGUCACUACAUGGACUCGGCUCCAACGCGCUUUUUACGCUUCAUGUUGACAUUCGCUGUGGCAUUAUCCACAUGUUGACAAGGACUAUGUCGGGCCCCAACCCGCCGAACGUCCGCAAUUCUGAGCCGACGACCCCAACUCCGAGUACGAGCGAGAACUGGUGGCAUAUAAUUAUGAACCAGCCCACUGCUGCGUCCCCGACGAUUCUGCAGCUCAACGGUGACCUGAUUGCAUUUGAUACCAAUAUUUCCACAUACCUUGGCUCUGCCGAGCACUGGUUCAUCGCCUCUGGACUGGCACGAUUCAUUGACCGUGUGUUCGUGGCGUGCACCCGCUACAUUGGUGCUAUGAACGAGAAUGGCGCUCUCCGGCUCCAGCUCGAUGUGCUUGUUCUUCAACAGAAUCUGAAGAAUAUCAUUAUUGACACCACCGUCGAGUCUACAUCCGACGCUAGUAAUGCGCCUUCGUCGGAGGUGGUAGCCCUCCCACGCAGCGCAAAAUUUUUAGAUUGGUUCCUAGAGGGCGCCGAGAAAUCUCUGGACUAUGCGAAGGAGGAGAAAGAGGCGUUUGCUUCUCAGGGUGCAAAGGCCCUUGCUGCGGGCAAUGGCGAACCCUUCACGUACGAUGAACUCCGGGUCCUGGUGGAUCUUUGCUUCUCGGAGAUCUUGCGUGGACCUCGGGGUGCAGAGAGUCGGGAGGACUUUAUGGCUGCGAAGAAGGCCAGUGCUGAUGCGCUGCUGCGUCUGAAUGAAGUGAUGUGGGAUGCACGAUAG